GGGACACGGCAAAACCAACGUGUGGAUAAUGAAGAAUCUCCAACGUUCAAUCUUCCAAAAGUGAAAGAAAAAAAAAAAAAGGAAAAAGAGAGAGAGAACAGUUAUCUAAUCUCUUUAUCCUUAUCGCAUCCCUUUUAUAUGUACAUGCGCCUCAUAUCACCCCAGCUCGUUGUUCCCUGGCUCUAAUAUACCACCAUCGUACGCUAGCUUGAAAAUGGAGGCUGCCCCCAUCCAAAAGAGAGAGAACCGGGCCGUGGACGAAGAGGAAGAGAGCCUGAUUGGAUGUUCUUUUUCUUCGCUGUCGGCGAGCUCAUCGGAGAACUCGAUAGGAUCGUCCGCUUCAUCAUCCGACUUGACGGACGAUGCGGCUUCCUCCCCCCCGUCAUCUUGCGGGGGGCCCCUGUUCGAGAUGUCUGCCCUCGAGGAGCAACUUCCUUUCAAGAGAGGGCUAUCAAAGUUUUACCAAGGGGAGUCCCAAUCUUUCGCAUCAUUCUCAGAUAUAAAGUCCUUCGAGGACCUUGUCAAGCCCGAGAGGAGGGCGUUAAAGAAGCUGAAAACAUCGAAGAGUUGCGGAGAGCGACUAAACAGCAACAGAUCGUUGUUGAGUCUGAAGUGCUGCAACAGGAGAAUGAUCACGAAGAAAGCUCCGAAGGGCCCCCUCUCUUCUUCGACGGGUGCAGCGAGGAGUUGCUCGUUGGCCAGCAAACCUCCUCUUCAUCCCCAGAGGCCUAGCAACGUACUCGGAUCAGCCUCUCAGCUGGUUCGCUUGAAUAUUUGAUUGAUUGGUACACGACGAGUUUAUUAUUAUUAUUAUUAUUAUUAUUGACAUUUUUUUAAGAGAGGAGGGAGAGAUCGUGUUUGUUCCGUGCGCGGUUUGUGUAUAAAUGAAAUCGAUCUGUUCAUUUCGUAACGAUUAGAGGAAGUAUUCCUUGUUGAUCA